GAAACAACUUUUGGCUAUCUUUCAAAAUUUUCCAGGAAUAUUCCAAAUUCGAAGGAAUGCUCAAUUUAAGUGGUUCCCUCAAGCCAUCAGGGCGUAAUGGUGCAACUACUUCAACAGCUGUUAGAAUGGAGGGCAGCUCAUGCUCCAUGCCGCCGACAGCGCAACGCCGGCGUAAGAAGCAUUCCCGAAUAGCGCGUGUCUCGGCUGGAGCAUUGGCUCCUGCCAUCAAUUUGCCUUUACCAGUGAGACCAGGCAGCACACUUACGGCAAAGGCAGACGGAGGAUUCCGCAAAGGAGACAAGGGUAUCGCCUCUAGCUCUGGUGUCAAGUCAGCUCGUAUUCCGCCGUCUUCAAAUUUAGCAGAGAGUCAAGAUAAAAAGACUUCACUGUUACGCAAAAGCGCCGGUGCAACUGAGACUUCGAACUCAAAGGGUGGUAGAGCCGAGGCUAGCGGUUCCCGUAAAGUUAAGUUUUCGGCAAACGUGCACACGUUUCCGUCGAACACCAGUAACAAAAAGGCGCGCAUCGGAGAGCUGCAUCUUAAAAAGCGAAUCAAGAAGCUUAAGCGUAACCAUCCGCGAUCGGCGCUUGGCGAUAAGAGUGUCGCCAACAAGAUUGAUUUGUCCAUUACACAGCAGCCCAACACUGUCCUUAGCAGAGACGUGCAGCAUUACGGCACAAUCAUAGACGUGGAACCUGUUUCAUCGGCACGCGGGCGCAAGUCACCUUGCGAAGCUCCUAAAGCGCCAGUAGCUGGCACGUUUCGCAAGCCCAAGCAGCUGCUCAACAAGAAGGUUAAGAAACCGCGCAUCAAGGCUGGAGCAAGCAAUCGUCAACCGAUAGUAGUGAACAGUAGACCUGCUCCUCGUUUGGCCUACUCUAUACAGCCUAACGUAAAACGCGAUACCUUCCUCCCUAUAAGCAGAGGCAAAAAUAAGCCAGUGUCCGGGCGCGUACUAUAGCCUCCCACUGAACGCCGACAU